CUGCCCUACAAGUGCUCGUCCACAUACACUACCCGACGAACGUAGCCGCCAACGCAUUUUCAAACUACAAUUGUUGGAGCGCUAACCCGACGAUGAGUGCUCCGAACGCCGUGUACAUCGGCCUCAGUGCCCUGACCAUGUCCCAUACCGUGGUUCUUUUCCAUCAUGUUGUCUACGAUACCAGGGUUGUUGUGCGCAACAAGAUACCCCUAUUGAUUUGUUGCUUGUCGCAUAUGAUCUCCAGGAUCCAGUUCUUCUAUCUUUUUGAUCCGCUCCCGCCUCGAGAUUGCCAGGCUAUGGUGAUUGUUUCCAACCUGUUCGGCCUCAUCACAUUCCGCUUCACGCUGUUGUACAUGCUGGGUCAGCUUUGCCUGAAUCUCAACAAAAAUAACAUCUUGGCGAAAGCCGCAUGGUCUCUUUCGAUGCUUUGCUGGCUGGGGUCAUCGAUCAUUCUUAUGUAUCAGGAGAUCACUGCACCUUUCAUUAUUGAAGAGAUUUGCAUUCAGCUGAUGAGGCCCGAAUUGACUCAAGCGAACAACGUUCUCUUCCUGCUCUCGUUCGUCUUCAUGGUCGCCCCCAUCACCUACCUCUUGUCGCAGCACGUUACAAUGUCCUAGGCGCUCAGCGGUCGUCGCGACAAUGCGUUGAAGAGGGUGUAUGUCCGUCAGCUGGUCUUCAUCGUCGCCUUCACGACCAUCUACUUGAUGUUCCUCAUCAUGGGCUUCUUUGACAUCUCCUUUGACGCCAUGUUGUACAACUUCAUCUUCUCCGACUACGUCUGGCUACUCGGCAUCAACAUGUGGUUGAUGCCCGGCGAAGGAGCCGUCGGCACCACCU